UACUAUCGCGCGCGCUUUGGAGAAACCGAUCCUAUCGUCGUAGGCGCGAUAGCCCGUUUCUGGAACCGCUAUCACGGAGGCGGAGGCGGAAGUUGAGCCGCUCGCAGGUCGCAGCUCUGCAGGAUUCGAUUAUUAGCAAGAAUUUCUAGUCUUUUGGUUGGAUUUUUGACCCCUCCAUUUGGCUCACAGCAUAAUGGGGUCGUCCAAUGUGGCAAUUUCAAGCAAAGGCGUUAGGGACAUUCUUCUCGGCACAGGCAGGAGUUACACUGGAGAAACCUCAAAAGUCUGGGAAACAACGGUGCUUCCAUCCGAGCAGAUCGGCGACUCAACAGUUGACUUGCCUUGUUAUCGAGUUUAUAGGACAACGACAUCGGAUAGGCGUGGGAAAGGGCAUCAACAAAGGUCAACAGCCGGUAUCAGAAGGAUGCCGUUCCUAUCUUUCUUUCUAAUGCUAAUCACCCUUCCACACCCUAUUCUCGCCUCCCUUACCGCGCAGCAGCCUAGUUUGCUCUCCCCUGGCCUUGCCCUCAAUAGCCGUGCGUCUAACGCAUCGUCAUCGUUACUAGACGUCAUUCAAGUGUCGCCCCCAGUGUUAAAUCCAGCAAAGCCUAGUUGCGAACAGCAGACAUUAAUGGCUCAUACUUUCGCGUGGAGCUAUGGUGUGCCAUUUGUUGGUGACUAUCGACCCCCAAGUUGUGAAUUCAAUCGAGUGACAUUCAACUUUACGGUAACUUCCGCGGGCCGACAAUUCGACAGAUUGGCAUUGAUGUUCUUCAAUGACACCGAAAUAUGGCGGACUUCGACAGCAGAGCCUACCCAAACGGGGAUUAUCUGGACCUACAUCAAGGAUAUGAGCAAUUAUCUUGUGCUUUUCAGGGAACCCCAAAAAAUUAUAUUUGACCUUGGGAACCUCGUUGACGACACAUAUACUGGAUCGUUCAAUACGACACUCACCGCCACAUUUUUCAUAGAGAACAAGGCGAUGGACUCUGCCGACAUGAUUGUUCCCGUGUCCGCUAAGCAAUCCGCAUCCAACAGGCCCAGUGGCUUUGUUGUCCCUGAUCAAAGAGCUAUAAGAUCAUUGUCUCUCCCGCAAAAUAUCAAGAAAGCAGUGUUCUCUAUCUCUGCUUGUGGUCAAGCCGCUGAAGAGUUUUGGUGGAGCAAUGUUCUCUCCUCGGAUACACAAGUGUUUGAAAACCAAACAACCUUGUAUGGGUAUUCUCCUUUCAGGGAAUUGCAGCUUUAUAUCGACGGGGUACUCGCCGGAGUAGCGUGGCCUUUCCCGGUAAUUUUUACUGGCGGUGUCGUUCCGGGGUUUUGGCGCCCCGUCGUUGGCAUCGAUGCGUUCGAUCUCCACGAGGACGAGGUUGAUAUAACCCCGUUUCUUCCAAUUUUAUGCGAUGGGAAAGAGCAUAGUUUCGAAAUUCGAGUUGCCGGAAUAGCGGAUGACGGAGCGGGCCAUGGAAACCUUACCCAGACAGUGGGGUCGAAUUGGGUUGUUACUGGCAAGGUCUUCCUGUGGCUAGAUUCCAGCGACAGUAUCACUACUGGUUCUGCCCCAACUGUAGACAUGCAAGAACCCUCACUAGCGCUCUCUUCUAGUGUUCGGAAAGGAUCGAACGGAACCGUCACCUCUCUAGACUACUCCAUAAAAGUCAUGCGACGCUUAUCAGUUAGGUCCACAAUUGAGACCUCAUCUGGAUCCGAAGUUGUGACUUGGCACCAGAAUCUCACAUACUCGAAUAUCGGUCAAUUUUCAAAUGGCGGCAAUGAUCAGAUCAACAAGCAAGCCACUUCGGGGACGGAUGUCUCAUCAAAUCAGUAUUCGAAAGCUUUUGAAUACCCCUUGUGGGUAUCUUCUUCGUACGCGAUGCUUCCUGGGGGCAAUUAUACCAUUGACGGAAAUAUGGAACGUGGCAAAAAUGUCCGUAGAAUUGGUGGCCUCGCAUUUCCGUCCGCACUGGAAGCGUUCAACUUCGGCCACCUACCCCACCAGUACGGGUCGUCCUUUGCGGGUACCUCCUCCACCGAUUGGCAGAACGGGACAGCAAGCUAUUUGGCUGUGCCUGCUCAGAAAAAGUCUUACGGCUCGGGAACAACGGAGCAAUUUUAUUCGUUGUCUGGGAUCGGCGAUGUCGUCACGAUAGUUCAACCUACUGCCGAAGAAUUUUCCAACCACUUAGGGGCUGACUUGUAUCGCCGUCAUGUUCUGGCCUCCAAUAAUUCAAUUAUUCUAGAUGAAGAGACUUUUGACACCCAAACGGUCCACAACAGCUACACUUCUCAGAGUAUAGGCAAGCAGACUUUCGCAAAGCAAGAUAUCACAGAAAUGCUAGGUCGAGGUCCUUUUUUAAAGCCAAGCUGAAGCAUGAAAAGUGCCGGGCUGUUUCCAGCCUUGAAAGGUUAUCGAGUGACGGGCUUAGGUACGGGGUCCGGACCAGAUCUUGGAAGCCUAAUGUCUUGCUUCGAUCAUCCAUCAAGGGGCGUUGAGUGGAAUUCUU